CGCCAGCGAGCCUGUCUGUGAGGGAGUUGUGUCGGGCUCGCGCGCGCGCUCUCUACAGCCAGCCAAGUCAGUGAGUGAGCGAGCGAGCGCGCGUGCAUGCGCGAGAGGGAGCCGGGAGCGCGCCCCGCUCUGGCAGGCCGAGAAGCACAGCCCAAGCUAAGCCAAGCGGCGGCGGAGGGAUCCCAGCGUGCGAGUGCUGCGGCCGGGGCCGGGUGAAUGGGAUUGAAGAAGAGUUCAGCUUCUCGGCUUGUUUUUGUGUCACAGUUUCUCUCCUCCUGCGCCUCUUGGGCUCCGUCCUUUUCUCCCCGCCCGUCCCCUCUUCCCCGCUGCAGGAGGAGGCCCCCGGGGAGAGGGGAAGGAAAAGGACCCCUCAGAGGAGAGAGAAGAGGAGGAAAGCAGCCUCAGCAGGAGGAGGAGGAGGAGGAGGAAAAGGGAGCAACCAGCCAACCAACCAUCUUCCACUCCCAGCUUAGAUUAAAGAAAGUGAGAGGAGGAGGAGGAGGAGGAGGGGAGAAGAAGAAGAAGAAGAAGAGGAGGCCCAGAGGAGGAGCAGCUGCACCACCUUCCUCUCCUUCUCCUCCUUAUGAAGAAGAGGACUUCUCCUUCCCCUCACACACACAGAGAGAGGGGUCCUGCCAAGAGGACAUCAGCUCAGCAGCAUCACCAGCAGGGUCUAGAGAGCUGAAGAAAAAACUUGUUUCCUAAAAGUGCUGUUGUUGAAAGAACAGAAGAUUUCCUUUGCUCUGAAGCAAGUGUCUGAAGGUGGUGGGGAUUUAGUAACCUGGAUAGUUUAAGAAAGUGGAGAAGUUAGAGAAUGGAGUUGCAGACUCUACAGGAGGCUCUGAAAGUGGAAAUUCAGGUUCACCAGAAACUGGUUGCCCAAAUGAAGCAAGAUCCACAGAAUGCUGAUUUGAAGAAGCAACUUCAUGAACUUCAAGCCAAAAUCACAGCUUUGAGUGAGAAACAGAAACGAGUGGUUGAACAGUUGCGGAAGAAUUUGAUGGUAAAGCAGGAACAGCCAGACAGCAAGUUUCAAAUACAGCCAUUGGCACAGUCAGAAAAUAAAAUACAGACGCCACAGCCACUACAGCAGCAGCAGCAGCAACAGACGACUGCACCCUCUCCAAACUUGCUUGGAUCACAGAAGACUGUAACUACAGCUUCUAUGAUCACCACUAAGACACUACCUCUUGUACUGAAAGCAGCAACAGCAACCAUGCCUGCCUCUGUUGUGGGUCAGAGACCUACAAUUGCCAUGGUGACUGCCAUCAAUAGCAGCCAGAAAACUGUCCUUAGCACUGAUGCACAGAACACGCCAGUCAACCUCCAGACCACAAAUAAAAUCACUGGUCCAGGAACAGAGGCAGUCCAAAUAGUGGCAAAAAAUACAGUCACAUUGCAGGUUCAAGCUACGCCUCCUCAGCCCAUCAAAGUGCCACAGUUCAUCCCUCCUCCUAGACUCACACCUCGUCCAAAUUUCCUUCCACAGGUUCGACCUAAGCCAGUUGCCCAAAACAACAUCCCUAUAGCCCCAGCCCCACCACCUCCGAUGCUUGCUGCUCCUCAACUUCUUCAAAGGCCUGUGAUGUUGACAACAAAAUUCACACCCACCUCCUUACCCUCCUCGCAGAAUUCUAUACACCCAGUCCGUGUUGUCAACGGGCAAACAGCAACCAUAGCCAAAACGUUUCCAAUGGCACAACUCACCAGCAUUGUUAUAGCAGCCCCGGGUACCAGGCUUGCUGGACCUCAGACUCUACAGAUCAGUAAACCAAAUGUUGAGAAACAGACUAUCAAGCCCCAAGCAGAAACAGAGGAAAAGCCAACAGAGAUUCACACAGUUAUGCCUCCUGCACCACUGAAGCCAAAACGAGAAGAAAACCCACAGAAACUUGCCUUUAUGGUAUCUCUUGGAUUAGUUACACAUGACCAUCUAGAAGAAAUACAAAGCAAGAGACAAGAGAGGAAACGAAGAACAACAGCAAAUCCAGUGUACAGUGGAGCAGUUUUUGAGCCUGAGCGCAAGAAGAGUGCAGUCACAUACCUGAACAGCACAAUGCAUCCUGGAACACGUAAACGAGUCCUGAAUAUCAGAGUUGAGCACUGUGGUGUAAAUCCAUUUGCUGGUCACAACUGGAGUAGACACACUGAACCUAUGGGGCUUGGUCGUCCACCUAAAUACAACACAGUGCUGGGUUUUGGGGCUCUGACCCCCACAUCCCCUCUGUCCAGUCAUCCUGACUCCCCUGAAAAUGAAAAGACAGAGACCACAUUUACUUUCCCUGCAACUGUUCAGCCCGUAUCUUUGCCCAGUCCCAGCUCCGCAGACGGUGAUAUCCAUGAAGAUUUCUGCAGUGUUUGCAGGAAAAGUGGCCAGUUGCUGAUGUGUGACACAUGCUCACGCGUGUAUCACUUGGACUGUUUGGACCCUCCUCUGAAAACGAUUCCCAAGGGCAUGUGGAUCUGUCCCAAAUGUCAAGACCAGAUGCUAAAGAAAGAAGAAGCAAUUCCAUGGCCAGGGACUUUAGCAAUUGUGCAUUCAUACAUUGCAUACAAAACAGCAAAAGAAGAAGAAAAACAGAAAUUGCUGAAAUGGAGUUCAGAUUUAAAACAAGAAAGGGAACAGCUAGAACAGAAAGUCAAACAACUCAGCAACUCUAUAACAAAAUGUAUGGAGAUGAAGAACACCAUCCUUGCAAGACAGAAAGAAAUGCACAGUUCGCUGGAGAAGGUAAAACAGUUAAUCCGCCUCAUCCAGGGCAUCAGUCUUUCAAAGCCCAUGAACUCGGAGGCCAGCUCAGUAGUCAUUUCCAAUGGCAUGGACACGACCAAUAAUGCAAAUACCGCUGCCGCCUCCAACCCAGCCUCCUCCCCCAACCAGAGCUGCAUGGUGAACUGUAACAAUGGCAGUGAGACUAAAUAACAGAGCACAGGAAGAAGGAGCUGGGGAACGGCAGCAGCAGUAAGGAGGAAGAGCAAACCAAUGAAACUCUCUUAAACAGCAAAGCUGGAUUUCUUCUGGGAAGUGCAAAACUCUUGGAUUCCAGAAUGAACGUGAAGAUGCUUGUGCCAGGCGGCACCAGAGUUGCCAAUGGAUCCUUCUUAUUCUGUGUGUACAUGCAAAGUUUGGACCAUGUUACAUGAAUAGUGCCAGCUGGAGGUUCUUAGCCAGCACCAUGCCAAGUUAAAUAAUAUAUUUACUCUCUCUAUAUUUUACACCAGUGUGUGCCUGCAGCAGCCUCCACAGCCACUAUAGGUUUGUUUUAUUUUUAUUUGGGGGUGGGGAGCAGGGAGGAGGAGCAGGUUUCAAAUCUUAUCUGCAGACCAGUUUGAUUAGUUAGAGGAAAUUCAAAGUCCAAAGAGCCUGUGGGCUUUUCCUGUUUCUAAAUUCUCUGUACUUAACUAAACCAAAAAUCCAGAAAUAUAAAUUAACACAUCCUAGUGUCAGAAGGGGUGGGGUGGGGGAUAAAGCCUAUCUAAUAUACAGUAUUUGCUAUUUUUCGUUUGACAAAAGGAAAAAAUAAAAUAAAGGAGGGAGGGACUUUUCACUACAUAUCCAGCAGGAUAUAGAAAGCUGUUACUAAACUGGCAGUUUGGGGUUAUAUUCUGGGUUUUCUCCCCUCUCCUGUCUUCAAAUUGACAAAGAAGUAUAUUGUUGAUUAUGUCCCCAGGCUGAUCCCAGGUAGUUUUUCCUAAGGAGAAUAGAGAGGGAAGGGGGACUGAUAACAAUCAGCCUGAAUUUUUGAGAAGCGGGUCAAGACUGGAAAUUCCAAUGUUCUUUUCUCUUUUCUUCAUACAUUUGUCAAGCAAACCAAUGUCCCAAACAGUUACAGCACAUGUCCCAAAUGUAUUGCCCAAAUAGUUAAAAUGCCUGUUUCAUUUCUUACUUUUCUCUUUUGGUUACAAAUGUAAGGAAUAAAAAAAAACUGUUUUUCAGGCUGACAGUCCAAUUAAAGAGGUAGAUGGGACCUUGCAUGGUAUAGAUUAGAAGUAAUAGUGUCAGUGAGAUACAGUGAGUCUUUGUGAGUCCGUGUGUCAUCGUUUUGGGCACUGUUUUUUAUGCAAGGGCAAAAUCUUUGUAUCUGGGGGAAAAACAACUUUUUUAAAUUAAAAAGAAAAAAGAUAUUGAGGUCUUCCUAGUGUUACUUAAAAUAAGAUCAAGGUAAGAAACAUUGUAAAAAUUACAAAAGUGCUAUUUGUUUCCUAAACAAGUGAUUUCUAUUAAAAAAGGUGUCAGAACUGGAGAAAAUGCUGUCUACUUAGACUUUUUUAACAGAUUUUGCUUAUGGUUUUAACCCUUCUGCUGUUCUCCUGUUUGAAAAUUUCUUGGUAUGGGUUUCUGGAAAUUGUCAUAGUGAACCUGUAUGAGAGCUACAAACCUUUUUUAAACUGGCAGGGCCACUGCUUUUAUUUCCUUCUUUAUUAUCAUGUGAGAAAAACAUCAGCAUUAUUAACUCCUUUUAUUCUAUAGCAAUACAACGCCAAAAAGUAAUGAGCAAAUGGGCCUGAAGGAGUUGAGAUUUGCUUCUGAGUAGCACAGCUUGUCUUAUCUUCUGCUGCAAAUUGUCAUAGUAGUUUCCACACUGUAAAAUUCUGACAGUGGACAUCCCGUGAGUGAGUGAAGUAGUCAGUUUAUGUAUUUGAAUAAAGCCAGCCAACAUUUUCAAAUUACUCCAAUUGGUGACAGCUGUAGUAAACCAUGGCAGAGUUGACUUCAGCCUCAUCAAACAAUGCAGAAGUAGAUCUCUUCAUUGAGCGCCCCCGCCCCCGGGAUGCUAAUUGCAUGCUUUCAUUGGUCUAUAUUGAAGAACUAUGCAUCUAGAAGCACUUUAGUUAUAUACUCAUUUGAGUUUUCUUCAUACCACAUCUGUAUUAUCAAGCCAGUUGUUUUGCUGCUUCUGAACAUUUUUGUCUUGACAGGGAUUUUUAGUUAUGUUUCCAAUUUUUAAAGUUCUAUAUAACUGGUAUCUUUAUUUCAUGCUCUCAGUAAAGUGUAAGAAUGACUAUUGUUUAUCAGCUCUGGAAGCCAAGUCUUACCAUAAAUUGUUGUUAUUCUGCAGUGAAGCAGUGUGUCUUAAGAACCAGGUAGGAUUAGUUAAGUAGAACCAGAAGGUAGCCUGAACAGUCCUGUGUUUUUAUUACUCAUCAUAGCAGUACACAGAGAAAAAGGGCUCAGAACCGUUCUGUCCAUACUGUGACCUAUCAAGUCAGAUGCAGCCCACUAAAUGUGAAAGAAGCAUACAGAUGCUGCUGCCUGGCAGGGAAUGUUCAAAGCCAUGUGAGACGGCCAGCAUUGGGUUUGAUGAGUCAUAAAAUGUGGAGGCCUACAUGAAAAUCCCUUUGAGGGCAAGGGGGUAAAACACAGAAGAUCUCACACUUUGGACCAGAAGUAAUUACCAUCCUUAAAUUACAGAAAGAAACUACUUGUACUCUGGAGGCUGAAUCAUUUGUGCUGCUCACGGAGGGAGGUAGAUUAAUGGAAUUUCUCAUUGCUAACCAUUCCAGUGAGCCGUCCCUUCAUUCAGGAUGACUGAAGUGUUCGUGAAUCCAGGAAAUUGGCCUUUUGACCUCUUAGAGCUUAUUAAGGUGACUUUACUGCAAAGCUUUAUCUGGAGUUUAUCCGGUAGUUUAUAUUAAGAAAAGUAAUAUUUGAGUGAAAUCAAUUUCACUCUCCCUUCAAAAUAAAAAGGGACGAGGUGUACUAGGGUAGGGAUACAGUUUGUUGAGGCUGUUUCUCAUGUGUUGAACCUGCUUUGGAAUAAUUUCUUAUCAUCUGAGGCAAUUUCUCUCCUUUACCUUUGGCAUCCUGUGACUAGUAGCAUCGGUAAUAAAACUUUGCUUGUAAAGCGCAGCAAACAUCCAGCAUGUCAGAGUGAAUGGGAAAUAGUGAAGGGAAGCAUGGGUGUACAAUGCCCAACUUAAUAUUUUAUGACUUUUUAAAUAAUUUUUGCAACUCCUCUAUAUUAAUUUGUGCUUCUGUUGAGGAAUCCUUCUUGGCUAGAGGUAAGGAGAAAAGGGAAGAGGGGGACAACCAGUGGAGUCAAUUCCCAUUUGUCUUGGUUUCAUAUAGAGGGAAUAUUUUUGCUGAAUUUGAUUUCAGUAUGCAGGGCAAAGGACAGAAUAAAUGCAAACAGUCCUUUCAUGCUCUAGAAGUGGAUACAUACAUUGUUUGUUGACUAGGAAAGCCCAAGUGUAUAAUGCACUGUAGUUGGCACCCGUUUCUAUUUUUUCACCUUGAGAGUUGUCCUCAAAAUAUAAAGGAGCUACAGAGCAUUUGUGAGUAAGAGUAAUAAGAUAAAAUCUGCCUUGUUCAAUAAUGGAUUGCCAUUGCAGUUGAUUUUCUUAGUUAGAAUCAUCAGUGCCUCACUAAGUGCAGAACAGUACGUAUUUGCAAAAUUAUUGGGUUCAUUUGUCAGUGGAGGAACCUACCAGAGAAAUAUCUUUAGUGCUGUGAAGGAUCAAUACUUUGUGCUUCAGGGCUGAAUCUUGUUGGCUAUUUGCUUUACUCUGUCACUUUGUUGUUGUCUUUUUCUUCCUCCUCUUAAUGUUUUGUAUUGACUUCUUUAUGACAUACUGUACGAGACUGAAGUCCCAUAUAAACAGGUUGCUGGGGAUGUGAAUCUUGGACCCGGUUGCACAUAUUUGACCAUGUGACAAGCAGCUUUAAUUUAAUUCUCUCCUAUGUAAAGACUGAAAAAAAUGCAUUUGGGUGAACUUGUGUGGACCACUAGAUUUUCUCAGCACUCAGUUGUGAAAGUGUAGUGAGCAUGACUUUAAUAUGUGCUGGCAAGUUAGCAUCAACUCAUGGCAAAUAUAUGAAUGAAUGGCCUUCAAGGGACACAGUUAUAAACAGCCCUGCACAGGUCUUGCCAACUCAGGACCAUGAUUACUUAGAUUGAAUUGAUCCUCCUGCUUUCAGCUUUGCGAAGUAUGAUCACCCCCCCUCCCCAAUGAGUCAUGUUAUCAUAUGCCAAAGCAUGAUGUAUAGCGAGAAUUUAGACUUUGUUCUUGGACUCAUAUAUUGGCUUCUGGGCUAUCAAUGGUAUCCAUAAAAUGCUCCAGCACCACAUUUCAAAUGAACUUUUUUCCUGUCCCCUUUCUUCAGUGUCUGGUUUUCUCCUAUAUACAUAGAAACUGAAAAUACUAUGACAUGAAUGAGCCUGAUUUUGGUUUUUAGUUAUAUUUGUUUUUGAGUAUCUUAUCAGUUCCCCCAUAAUUGCCCUUCCAUGUUGUAGUCUUCUAAAUUAUUGACUACAAUUUGAAGUGAGCCAAGGAUAUAGAAAAUCUUUAACAUAUUUAUCUCCAUCGCCCAUCUUAAAAUCACAUUAAUUUUUUGUGGUUAUGUUUUUGUUUUUUUAAUACUCAGCUGCAACUCUGCAUGUGCACUUUCUCCCUUAAUGUUCCAAAUCAUUGCUAUUCCUUGCAUUGCAUCUCACAUUUCUCGAUUUUUACAUCUCUUCCCUUAAGAGUCGAGUGCUACUUUCUUAGACAGCGUGAUAAAUUGCACCCUUGUCUGACCCUCUUGCCAAAUGAAAGCCAUUCUGUUUUUCUAUAUUCUGUCCUACUGGUGGCCUCUUGUCCAAUUUAGAGGCAAUAAAAUAUCCUGUAAGCAUUGCCAAUAUAUGAUGUAUUAGAAAGUUGCAAAUUAUGUGUUAGAAAGUUGCAAGUAUACAAAUGCCAGCUUUGUGGUGCCUACAGAUAAAUGGCAACAUCCUUCCCACUUUUAGCCCAGCACUGUGUGUUCUACAUUUACGUUUUCUGUUUUUAUUCUGCUUCUUUGAAAAUGUAAACCAGCUCUUUUUGCCGCCUUACAACAAAACUGAGCAAUUUUUGAGUAUUUGACAGCCAUUUUGCCCUCCUCCAAAACUUAAGUAUGUCACCUUUUUUUCUAGUACUUUUAUGCAACUUGGCUGGCCAUUUUUCUGCAAAUCUCCUAAAUGACUAUUAGGUAAAGGGCCCCUUUUUUAAACAAGAAGUGGCUGUUCACCAUUUGAGGGAGCAAAUAAAAUAGGGUUGGUGCUAAUGGGCACUACACUAUGACCCGCAUGUGACCCUUGAGAUUCCCAUAACUACCUUAUUCUUUCUUUUUUGUUCAAGUUUGUUUUAAUUUUUGCCCUAGAUCAGUAGUUCUCAACCUGUGAGUCCCCAGAUGUUUUGGCCUUCAACUCCCAGAAAUCGUAACAGCUGGUAAACUGGCUGGGAUUUCUGGGAGUUGUAGGCCAAAACACCUGGGGCCCCAAAGAUUGAGACCCACUGCCCUAGAUCAAUCCAACUUUGUUCAAGUUUAUGUUUUAAUAUAUGCCCUAGAAUAAUCCAAACACUUGGGUUUGAAAAUCAUGUUCUCCACCAGUUACUUGCUUAACCCUCCACAGCAAACUAGACCACAAAUAUGGUCUCUUCAGUCAGGAUUCGGGUAUGCACAAAAUGUAGCUUUUAUUUUCCUAAGGUUUCUACAAAAAAACUAUGUGGGUAAAUCCCCAGACUCUGCAAGUAAGGUUGCAGGCUAAACACUAGGAUUUAGAAUUGGAAGGGAUGUGCUAUGGCCUUACAGAUAUUCUAGGGACUGAAACUCUAUCUCCCCAACCACUGGUGAUACCUGAGAAUCAGAGAUCAGCAUCUGUAGGAUCACAGAUUCACCAUUCUUGACCAUAACAUAACUGUCCUCUACUCUCGGUCUUGUUUUCCUACUUGUAAAAGAUUAAUGGAAGUCUAUUAAGUUUCUGUUCUGUUAUACAUGUGUCAGAAGUAUUAUUUGUGUUACUAAGAACCCAGGCUGAGACUGGCAGUUUGUGCCUCUUGGCUAAAAUUGUUUUUCUUUCCUAUAAAUUCCCCAGGGACUAGCAGCUGACGGCUUGUGGCCGCACUCCAGAGUCACCACUUCAAUUAGCACUAACAUACAGCAAACAUGGCACUUUAGCUGCUGCUUUAAGCAUCAAUCUUGGUAGCGUUUACAAAUGGUUGUAUUUUAAUUACUAUCACACCCCUACUUCAAUGACUGUUUUGGGGAAAAGACUUAUUAUUGACACCAACAUUUAUCAUUUCAUCUAUCCCUAGCCUUCCUUUGAAAUUUAGUUAGAAGAUCCUAAAGUGUUGAUUCUUCCUUCCUUAUACAACAGUAAGCACCAUAUCAUUAUUCCAUUCCAUUCAAUUGGUGAGUCCACUCAGUUUACAGCUGUAUACGUACAUAUCACAUCAACUGAAGGAGCCUAGUUCCAAGAAAUGUCUUUCAGCAAAGAUCAAACUCAGUUUUCUAGUUACUGCUGGUUUUUAGUCCCACUCUUUAGAUUGAAAGAAUCAAGAAUUGGUUGAGUGUGACCCUUUACAUAACACAUCAUAAAUGCGAAUUUAUAUUAAGAACAAUAAGUCAGUAGGAAUCAACCAAGAUUAAGAAAUUGACAUCAUAGAUAUUAUUACAUUUGGAAACAGUCAGUUUGAUCAUAAAAUGACCUAUCAAAUGCUGAAUACUCUGCAUACCUCACUUAUGCUGUCAAGUGCAAACUCCAGUGUGUUUUCAAUGUUAUAUUCAUUUGUCGCCUAUUUUGUAGCUCCAUUCCAUUUUGCAGCAGCAGAAGAAACUUCUGUGGAUGACUUAGUAACUACUCAUUCUGUGUUUAACAGCAGGUGUCAUUCGUAAUAGUGAAAUUGGACUCCUCAGAGUAAACUGGGCAUGCCUAAAGGCUAUUGCCCAAAUAAGAAUCUCGCCACCUUUGUUUUUGGGGCAACGUGUAUUGAUGUACUGAGUCACAGACCUACGCCCUCCCCCAACUCUUCCUCUCCUGAUGUAUUAGAUAAAGUCUACUACAGUUAUUUACACUGUCUCUGCAUCCUGAAUUCUGUAUAAUUUGAAAGGCCUUCUUUAAAUGAAUUGGGUAUAACAUGACUUCCACAGAUAGACAUCCUGUGAAUGGUAUGUGGAUGCAUGUCUUUGGCUACGCGGGAUUUUUUUGUUGUUGUUAAAGUUUUUUUUUAAAAAAAAAAUAGCCUGGUGCUCAUAGUGAUUUUUCAGUCUCUUUGCUGCCUUCUUUCUGUAGCCUUCCAGUCCCUUGUGGGUUUGGUACAUUGUGUCUAGAUUUAGUCUAUUAAAGUGGGAAGAAAAAAGGGGGUGGGGACUCCACAAUAAAUGAUCAAUUUGUAUUUAUUUAACAUUUUACUAAAUAAAACAAUAAAAUAUC